UUAUGUGGCGUCCCAGUGGACUGUAGGCAGAUCAGCCUGCAGGACGCUGAGGGAAGGACACGAGGACAGAGUUCUGUGGAGCUGAUUGGGCAGACGAGCCCAGAAAACAAACCCAUCCAGAGAUGAUCCACCUUUUCUCUGUGAGGAUCUGACCAACCAGCAGGCAUGAUGAUGCCAAAGCAGCCGGCUCAGACGUCUCCAGGGAGCGUCUUGUCGCUCAGGGGGACCAGCGUUCCUGGCUCUCCUGCUGCUGCCAUCGUGGCCAGGGUAGAGGACGGCGUCAUCGGCUACAAGGACCUGGCUGCACUGCCCAGGGACAAGGCCAUCUUGGACAUCGAGAGACCCGACCUGAUGAUCUACCAGCCGCACUACAGCUACAGCCCCCUGGAGAGGUCCUUGUCUCCUCGCUCCAUCUCUCCUCCUCCCUCCCCAGAGAACUUGUCCAAGGAGGCCCGGGACUGGCUGGAGAACCGGUCCCCAGGAGAUUCUUCACCUUGUUCCACCAUCCAGAGCAGCAGAACGCAAAGCUCUCACACACCGCCGACGCUAAACACACCCAGCACGCCCAACACACACCCCGUCGGCACCAGAACCGCCAUGCAGCACUUCCACCGACCCGAAAAUGGAUCCAACAUCUAUAAGAAGCCUCCCAUCUACAGACAGGAUGUGUCCUCCUCCGCCGUCCCUCAGGGGAAACACAUCGAGGAUCUGAUCAUCGAGUCCUCAAAGUUCCCUGCAGCUCAGCCUCCGGAUCCAAACCAGCCCUCAAAGAUCGAGACCGACUAUUGGCCCUGCCCCCCCUCCCUGGCUGUCAUUGAGAAGGAGUCUAAGAAGAAGGAGGAAGACGAGGAGGAGGAUGGGGAGCAGGAGGAUGAGCUGUGGGGCCUGCAGGUUCUUCAGAAACAGGAGCUGAAUAAAAUUCAGUCCAACCUGGGAAAGAUCAUCCUGAAGGAGGAGCUGGGAAAGACUGCAGGUCCUCUGAGGAGGAAGACCCGCUCCCUGCCAGACCACAGCCACAACUCUGCGUCCAGCGCCUCCAGGUCGGUGUAUUUCCCGGCGUCCUCUAAGAGCGGCCUCUCCAGGCUCCAGUCUGCAGAGUUCAGCUCCUCAGAGAAAAGUCCAACAGGACUUCAGAAUGGAGACUCCAGGAUGGACCGGGGGAACUCGCUCCCCAGCAUGCUGGAGCACAAGAUCUUCCCAUACGAGAUGCUGGUGGUGACUCACAGAGGACGGAGCAAGCUGCCCCCUGGAGUGGACCGGACCCGCCUGGAGAGACAUCUCUCCCAGGAGGAGUUCCUCAGCGUCUUUGGGAUGCCCAUCGAGGAAUUUGACCGCCUCUCCAUGUGGAAGAGGAAUGAGCUGAAGAAGAGAUUUUGUCUCUUCUGACCCCCCUGGGACUUCAUGUCCCAGAAGCCCCUGCUCCUCCCGGAUGGGCCAGCGGAAAGCCAAUCGAACUGUGAAUGUGAUCCUGAGACGGCGGCGCCGCCGUGGACUCUUCGGUUUGUGGUUGUCGUCUCAGACGGCCUUUGGGUUUGCAGAGAAACACGGAGCGGGCUUAGAGUUCUGCUGCACACAUUGACGUCACCAGCUCUACUUUCUAGAGCUGCGGAACACCAGCUUCACUAAACUAGAGCGAGCGCACAGCAAACGGCUCCACAGCGCGGGGCAGGGCGGGCUCUGGUGUGGUGGGCGUGUAAUGAUAUGGGAUGUUCUUCCAGCCCCCCCUGCCUCCCCUCAACAUUCCCACUGACCCGGGGUCAGUUUCCACAGCAACUAGAUGUGGGCGGUCUCUAACAGAGCCCCUCCUAUUGGCUUAGCCAGCGAUGAUGUCACAAUGACAGCGUUUGUUUUCCAGCGCUGGAGAAGAAAAACAAGGAGCUGGUUGUUGGGCUGAAGCUGAUUAAUCUGCAGACAGACCAGAACUAUUCACAUGGGUAGAACCAGAGAGGAACGCUUCCAUGGAGGAACCAUCUAGAACCUUCAUCUGCCUCAGAGAUGAUGUCACAGCUUUACUCUGAACUGUUCUGGUCACCAGCCAGAGGAAGAAGGAGAACUCUGAGAUCCUCCCAGGAGAGGAAAACAACAGCCUGUUGGCUCCAGUUCCCAUGUUCUAAAGGUUCUAGAUGUCUCCCUGCUCCAACACAACUUAGUUCCCUCUCAGCUGGGUCUCUGGAAGCAGGAAAGUUCUACAGGGUUCUAGAGGCAGCGCUCGCCUCUGCAGGAGGUCAGACGAUGAAGCAUCAGACCCUGCAGGGGUCGGAACG